UAAACAACAUGGCGACUCAGUGCUGAGGUAGCAGCCCCAACAAAGUCGGUGGAUAGACACACCGAUAGCCUGGUUUCGUUAGCAUUUCUCUCGCCUGCAUCUACGCAGGGUCAGGCCAGAGAUGCCGGCCUGAGAGAGCAGCAGUUAUAUCAAAAGAUGCAACAGCAACAACGUCUUGCUCAACAACAACAGCAGAAGCAGACGGAAAGCACAAAAACCAAGAGCAUGUUUCUGUCUAGGGCGCUGGAAAAAAUCCUGUCGGAUAAGGAGUUGAAGCGGAGCCAGCACAGCCAGCUGCGUAAAGCAUGCCAAGUGGCUCUUGAUGAAAUUAAAAUCGAGCUUGAGAAGCAAAAAGAUGGCACAGUGGUCCCGCCCCGAGCAAACUACAUUGAGGCUGACAAAUAUGUGCUACCUUUUGAGCUUGCCUGUCAAUCUAAGUCCCCACGCAUUGUCAGCACCUCGUUGGACUGCUUACAGAAGCUCAUUGCGUAUGGCCACAUCACAGGCAACGCCCCUGACAGUAGUGCUCCAGGGAAGAGGCUCAUCGACCGGCUGGUGGAGACCAUCUGUAACUGUUUCCAGGGCCCACAGACAGACGAGGGGGUGCAGCUGCAAGUCAUUAAGGCUCUCCUGACUGCAGUGACCUCCCCUCACAUUGAGAUCCACGAGGGGACUGUUCUACUGACUGUGCGUACCUGUUACAACAUCUACCUGGCCAGCCGCAACCUCAUCAACCAGACCACCGCCAAGGCCACACUCACACAGAUGCUCAAUGUGAUCUUCACCCGCAUGGAGACACAGGCAGCUCUGGAGUCUCACGAACAGGAGAAGGAUAGACUGUGUUUGCCCCAUCAGAACCCUUCCACUUCCCCUGGGCGGAUGUGCGGUUCCCCCCGGUCAGACCACACCCUAGACUUAAGCGGGACGCCCUCUCCUGCGGCCAGCACCCCAGACCUCCAUACCAUGCCCCUGGCCCCAGACACACCCUCCAUCAAUGGCCAACCAGAGGAGUGCAAGACUGAGGAGGAUGUGGCUGUUACAGAGGAGAAAAGGGAGGAGACACCACCUCCAGUUUUUGAGGAUCCAGUUUCAGAGACCCCAACAACAGUAAAACAGCCAGUCGAGGAAGGGCAUGAGGUGGGGCAGGGGGAGAAAUCAGAAGUAGGAGAGGAGGAGAAACCAGAAGUCGAUUCAAAGCCAACAGAGCAACCAACGAGUGAGGUGGUAGAGGAAGUGGCUCCAGCACCUGAACCAGAGCCACAGCCCCAGACCGCACCAGAAGGGGAUCAUCUCCCUGAGCAGACAGAGGUGGCGCCCCCUAGACCCAGGACAGAUACGAACCAAAUGAACGGCAUUAUGGAUGACCGUGGUUCAGUGUCCUCUACAGACAUCCUGGAUGCGGAGUCUAUGCAGGGUGGCCAGAACACUGCUCGUUUCUCCCACAUUCUGCAGAAAGACGCCUUCCUAGUCUUCCGCUCCCUCUGCAAGCUCUCCAUGAAGCCCCUGGCAGACGGACCCCCUGACCCAAAGUCUCAUGAGCUGCGCUCCAAAGUGGUGUCUCUGCAGCUGCUGCUGUCUGUGCUCCAGGGGGCAGGGCCCGUCUUCCGCACCCACGAGAUGUUUGUCAAUGCCAUCAAGCAGUACCUGUGUGUGGCCCUCUCCAAAAACGGGGUGUCCUCUGUGCCCGAGGUGUUUGAGCUCUCCCUCGCCAUCUUCCUCACCCUGCUCUCCCACUUUAAAGUCCACCUCAAGAUGCAGAUCGAGGUGUUUUUCAGGGAGAUUUUCCUGACCAUCCUGGAAACAUCAUCCAGCUCCUUUGAACACAAGUGGAUGGUCAUUCAGACCCUCACACGGAUAUGUGCAGAUGCUCAGUGUGUGGUGGAUAUCUACGUAAACUACGACUGUGACCUAAACGCUGCAAACAUCUUUGAGCGGCUGGUGAACGAUCUAUCUAAGAUUGCCAUGGGGAGGAGUGGCCAGGAGCUGGGGAUGACCCCUCUACAGGAGCUGAGUCUGCGUAAGAAGGGUCUGGAGUGUUUGGUGUCCAUUCUGAAAUGCAUGGUGGAGUGGAGCAGAGACAUGUAUGUCAACCCCAACCUGCAGGCCAACCUCGGCCAGGAGCGGCCGUCAGAUGGUGAGGGUCCGGAGCUGAAGCUUCCUGACCACCUGGCAUCUCGUAGAGACAGCGUCAGUUCUCUGGACUCCACCAUGUCAUCUAGUGUCCAGUCCUCCCAGCCUGACCACCCAGAACAGUAUGAGGUCAUCAAACAACAGAAGGAUGUCAUUGAGCACGGCAUUGAGCUUUUCAACAAAAAGCCCAAGCGAGGUGUCCAGUUCUUACAAGACCAAGGCAUGCUGGGAAACACAGCAGAGGACAUUGCCCAGUUUCUGCACCAAGAGGAGCGCCUGGACACAACCCAGGUGGGGGAAUACCUGGGGGAGAACGUGCGUUUCAACAAGGAGGUGAUGUACAGCUAUGUGGACCAGCUGGACUUCUGUGGCCGGGACUUUGUCUCUGCUCUGAGGGCUUUCCUGGAGGGCUUCCGGCUCCCAGGAGAGGCCCAGAAAAUUGACAGGCUCAUGGAGAAGUUCGCUGCCCGAUAUCUGGAGUGUAACCAGGGACAGACUGAGUUUGCCAGUGCAGACACGGCCUACGUCUUGGCCUACUCCAUCAUCAUGCUCACCACCGACCUGCACAGUCCACAGGUGAAGAACAAAAUGACCAAGGAGCAGUACAUCAAAAUGAACCGUGGAAUCAAUGACAGUAAGGACCUGCCUGAGGAGUACUUGUCCUCCAUAUACGAUGAGAUCGCUGGCAAGAAGAUCGCCAUGAAGGACAGCAAGGAGCACACUAUCACACCCAAGACUAGCAAGCACAGUGUAGCCACUGAGAAGCAGCGUCGUCUGCUAUAUAACGUGGAGAUGGAACAGAUGGCCAAGACAGCCAAGGCCCUGAUGGAGGCUGUGAGCCACGCCCAGGCUCCCUUCUUCAGCGCCACCCACCUGGAACACGUCCGGCCCAUGUUUAAGUUGGCGUGGACCCCUCUCCUGGCAGCCUUCAGCGUGGGGCUGCAGGACUGUGAUGACCAGGAGGUGGCCUCUCUGUGUCUGGAGGGGAUCCGCUGUGCCAUCAGGAUCACCUGUAUCUUCAGUAUGCUGUUGGAGAGGGAUGCUUAUGUCCAAGCCUUGGCUCGGUUCACCCUGCUCACAGCCAGCUCCAGCAUCACUGAGAUGAAGCAGAAGAACAUUGACACCAUCAAGACCCUUAUCACUGUGGCCCACACAGACGGAAACUACCUGGGCAACUCUUGGCACGAGAUCCUGCGGUGUAUCAGCCAGCUGGAGUUGGCCCAGCUGAUUGGCACGGGGGUGAAGACACGCUACAUCUCUGGAGUGGUCCGGGACAGUCAGACCGGCAUCAAGGGUUUCCCGAUCGGGGGAGAGGAGUUCAUGCCCCUGGGACUGGGGACCCUGGUGGGAGGUCCAGACAGGAGGCAGAUGGCUCAUAUCCAGGAGUCAGUGGGAGAGACCAGCUCUCAGAGCGUGGUGGUGGCUGUAGACAGGAUCUUCACUGGUUCCACAAGGCUGGAUGGAAAUGCAGUUGUGGACUUUGUGCGGUGGUUAUGUGCGGUCUCCAUGGAUGAACUGGCCUCUACUCACCAGCCGAGGAUGUUCAGUCUGCAGAAGAUAGUAGAGAUCUCCUACUACAACAUGAACCGCAUCCGUCUGCAGUGGUCACGCAUCUGGCAGGUCAUCGGAGACCACUUCAACAAGGUGGGCUGCAACCCCAACGAGGACGUGGCCAUCUUUGCCGUGGACUCUCUGAGGCAGCUGUCCAUGAAGUUCCUGGAGAAAGGAGAGCUGGCUAACUUCCGCUUCCAGAAGGACUUCCUCCGGCCAUUUGAACACAUCGUGAAGAAGAACAGAUCUCCCACUAUCAGGGACAUGGUGAUCCGCUGUGUGGCCCAGAUGGUCAACUCCCAGGCAGCCAACAUCCGCUCCGGCUGGAAGAACAUCUUCUCUGUGUUCCACCAGGCCGCCUCGGAUCACGACGAGAACAUUGUGGAGCUGGCCUUCCAGACUACUGGCCACAUAGUCAUGAACACGUUUCAGCAGCACUUUGCAGCAGCCAUAGACUCCUUCCAGGAUGCAGUGAAGUGUCUGUCUGAGUUUGUGUGCAACGCUGCCUUCCCUGACACCAGUAUGGAGGCCAUCCGGCUCAUACGCCACUGUGCUAAAUAUGUGGCUGAACGGCCGCAGGCUCUGCGGGAGUACACCAGUGAUGACAUGAACGUGGCCCCAGGGGACCGGGUGUGGGUGAGAGGCUGGUUCCCCAUCCUCUUUGAGCUGUCCUGCAUCAUCAACCGCUGCAAGCUGGACAUCAGGACAAGGGGUCUGACUGUGAUGUUUGAGAUUAUGAAGAGCUAUGGACACACCUUUGAAAAGCACUGGUGGCACGACCUUUUCCGCAUCGUCUUCCGCAUCUUCGACAAUAUGAAGCUCCCUGAGCAGCAGACGGAGAAGCAUGAGUGGAUGACCACGACCUGUAACCACGCCCUGUACGCCAUUUGUGACGUCUUCACCCAGUUCUAUGAGCCUCUCAGUGAGGUCCUGCUGGCUGACAUCUUCACUCAGCUGCAGUGGUGUGUCAAACAAGAUAAUGAGCAGUUGGCCCGGUCAGGGACUAACUGCCUAGAGAACCUGGUCAUCCUGAAUGGGGAGAAGUUUAGCCCAGAGGUGUGGAACGUCACCUGCUCCUGUAUGCUGGACAUCUUCCAGACCACCAGCCCACACGUCCUGUUGACAUGGCGACCAGCUGGUCAGGAAGAGGAGGCUGGUGAUGGGAAACAUAUGGAUGUAGAUUUUGACACCCAAUCCCAGAGCAGCUAUGACAGAGCCCUGUCAGAGAGAGGAGGUCAGAGCCAAAUGUCCACUGCCAGCGAUGAGACCUGGAAGGGUAAACCCCAUGCCAGAGUGUCAGACCAGAAGCUGUUUGCUGGACUGCUCAUCAAGUGUGUGGUGCAGCUGGAGCUGAUCCAGACCAUUGACAACAUUGUCUUCUACCCGGCAACCAGCAAGAAGGAAGAUGCCGAAAAUAUGGCUUCUGCACAGAGGGAUGCUCUGGAGGAGGCUGCAGAGGAAGGGGACCCUGGGCAGGGGGAGCAGGGCAUGUACAGACACCUCUCCUCCCAGCACCUUUUCAAGCUGCUGGACUGCUUGCUGGAGUCACACACCUUUGCCAGAGAUUUCAACUCUAACAACGAGCAGAGGACUGCACUCUGGAGAGCAGGAUUUAAGGGGAAGUCGAAGCCCAAUCUGCUAAAGCAGGAGACCAGUAGCCUGGCCUGUAGCCUGCGUAUUCUGUUCCGCAUGUACUCUGACCGGCAGCUCCAGGACUCCUGGCCUGACAUCCAGACACGACUGCUGCUCGUGUGCAGCGAGGCCCUGGCCUACUUUAUCAGCCUGACCUCUGAGAGCCACAGAGAGGCCUGGACAAGCCUGCUCCUCCUGCUGCUCACCAGGACUCUUCGACUGACCGACAUCAAGUUCAAGCCUCAUGCCUCCUGUUACUACCCGCACCUGUGUGAGAUGAUGCAGUUUGACCUGAUCCCAGAGCUCCGCGCCGUCCUACGCCGUUUCUUCCUCCGCAUCGGCUCCGUCUUCCACAUCGCUGCUCCUGAGAUGGGCCAGCCACGGCCCCCGGCGCCCUAGGAGGGUCUGGAGAUGGAACGGGGAGGCUGGUGGGACUCUGAGGUGUAUGAGAGCUCCCCUAUCAGAAGUAGGGAGUGUGUAGUGAUGCAAGAGAUCGAAGCAAAGAUUGUUACCCUCAGGGGCAGAUGCUUUGAGAGUCAUCAGUUCCUGUUUGGAGUGUUGGUGAUAAGUUCCGGUGCCCUACUGACUCCCCCUAGAAGCCCCUGCUGGGAGAAAAGCACUGUGAUGGGACAGAGCUCUACUAGCUGUUUCUCAACACUCUGACGUUAAAUGUCAAAUGUAAUGGAAAAUUAACUACAAUUAUUUAUUGAUGCUAUUAUAUAUAUAUAUAUAUAUAUACACACACACAGUGCAUUCAGAUAGUAUUCAGACCCCUUGACU